AUGCUGGCGCUGCUCGCUGCCCUCGUCUUGGGCGUCUCGCCCCGGGCCUGGGCGGUGCACCCUGGAUGCGACUCCCUGUGCUCCCACCAGAACGUGACCCUGUCCUGCAGAGUCCGCAUCCGCUGGUCGAUGGAGCACACCACCUUCCGCGACGAGCCGAACCCGUGCGGCCUCGCGCGCGAGCACGUGCUCGAUCUCUGCCCGAGCUGCGCCGCGUGCUCCCCGGAGAGCCUCGGGGACGACUGCCGCGAGGCCAUCCAGGCGCGGGUGCGCGGCAAGGCCGCGAACGGCUCCGAGGAGGCGGCAGGUGCUCUCCAGAACUCCAGCGGCAACGACAGCGCUGAGAACGCUUCCGCCAGAAACGUCAGCAGUACCAAUUCCUCGGGGCACCCCACCAACGCUUCCAACGGCAAGUCUGGCGGCCAACACGGCAAAAGUGCCAGCAGCAACACCACCAACGCCACCAACGCCACGACCGGGACUGCCCGAAAGAGCACCACAAACACCACGAGCACGACGAUCACCACCACCACCACGACCAGCGAGACGUUCUGCUGCAGCGCCGCCCUCGACGACGGCGACUUCUGCGGCACGUGCUGGGAGAACGCCCCGAUGAUGAGCGACACGUUCUGCCGGACGUCGAAGGAGAACUGCGAGACGUGCGGGCACAAGUGGUGCAACCACUCCGCCGUCGUCAAGCCCAGCUGCAAGGCGUACGGGUGCAUCCCCUUCAAGCCGUUUAAUGAGUGCCAGUGCAACCCGGAGUGCAAGAGAUUCGGGAGCUGCUGCGACGAUUUUGAAGACGUGUGCGAGAAGGAGGACAAGACCGAUGAGGAGGAGGUGCCUGAGCAGGCGCCCCACAGCGCAGGGUCGGCGACGGGGGCUGACGCCCCGUCGCCGCAGACGUCGUGGUCGGACGACGUGAUCGAGGACGCGAAAGAGGUCGUGCAGGCCAUGAGCACCCAGGGGCAGGGCCACCACGGCGGCCACCACGGCGAGGCGGCGCACAAAGCCGAGAAGAAGCCGACCCACGCGAGUGGCAUGCAGCCUGGCCUCGGCGCGACGCAGCCGGGCCUCAGCGGGAAGAGCGCCGUGCCCCGCGGGGGCGCCGGCCUGCUGCCGGAGGCAAGGGUGCGCCCCGGCGCCGGGCACGCGUGGCUCGCCCUGGCGCUGGGGCUGGUGGUGUCGGGCGUGGCCGUCGUGGCGCGGCGGCGCUGGUGGCAGUGGGCCCCCGUUGCGACCUCGCAGGCGUCCUCCGUGCUGCCGCUCGCGCCCGCGGAGGAGUAG